CUUUAAGUCAAGAUACACUUAAGCCGUUAAGGUUGACUUCAGUCAAAGAAUGACUACAGGCUUGUAUUCAUUUAAUCUUUAUCUUUAUUUCGGAAGUUAGGUCUACGACUGCAACACAUUGAAAGGAGAGUGAAAUUAGUUGGAAACACUAUAAUGAAAACGUUUAAUAUCGUAAAAUGCAACAUAGGUUUCUGUCUGUCACUAAGAUUGAAAAUUAUUCUAAUAAUAAGCUUCAUAGCAGUGUUUUCUGUUUGUUUUCUGCAUCAAUACAAUGAAACCAAUGAAGACUGUGAAAUGUACAUGCAAAACCCUGAUAUUUUUAAAGGAACCAUCUGUGACUCAUUAUUCACAAGGAUAAAGAGACGUUAUCUAUUUGGCUCUCUUGAUGAUAUUGAGAAUAUAGAUUUUGACACUAACGCAUGCACAGCAAAUGACUCUUUAUACAAAGACAAUUACAAAACAACAUAUACCUCAAAGCAAGAUAACCUGAAUAUCAAUAAAGAAACAGAAGAGGAACGCACAACGUACAAUAUUGUAUAUAAAGACAGUCCAGUCACCACGAUUUUGCUAGUUAUUAUAACUGCAUUGCUGGUUAUGAAAUUUUUCGGAAAAAAAAUAAUGCAACGUUGCAGCCAUAAUAAGAAAACAGGUACUAACGUUGAGAUGACUCAAAGUGACGAAGAAACUGCUGUAGGGACAAGACAUGAAGUUUAGCAAGUUUGACCAGCAGAGAAUUAAAUUCAAAACUUAAGAUUUUGUAAUUGUUAGUUGUUGUUUUUUUUAUUACAUACGUUGAAACGAAAACUGUAGUGAUAAAUAAUUCUAGUAUAUACACAUGACUAAUUUUCGUUAAAGUCUAAUAAUUUGUCUAUUCUACUUUAAAAAAAAUGGACUUCAAUUCCAACCCGUUAUACAAUAUAAACAUAUGUUCGUAUUGUAGAUAUACUUAGAUUAUAUUUUUUAAAUGAGAAUUGUGGCCAAAAAAAUUAAAAUAACUAUCAUUUUUGUUAAAUAUCAUUAUCUUUAUAGUAAACUCUCUUUGGCACUUCAAUUAACAAAACAAAAAAAAUGUAUUAGCUCGUUUGUUUAUGGCGCAAAAAUUAUUUCAAUUAAUAGGAAACAUUAGACGUCCACUCUAUGACCUAUACUUAUUUAACAACUUAAUAGCGUGUAAUAAAGUAAGUUUUAUACUGAGAUCCACACAUAGAUUAUUAGAUAUUUUUUAUUCUUAAGAUGAAAACAGUUGAAAUUCUUGUCUUUGACAUGGUUUAUUUUUUCGUGAAAACUCCAGUAAAGAAAUACUGCCUGAACAGUUCCGUACGUUCUUAGCAGUAGGCCUGCAGGGCCCCAAGAUGCUAUGAAAUAGAAGUGGAAGAUUAUAUUCUAUUAUUAUCUAUUAGAAUCCCCGUCCAAAUUCUAUAGAUAUGCUAAUGUUUUCAUAUCUGUUUGAAGUACAAAAAUAAACUUAAAGUACGCAUAUGUAUUGUGUACACAUGUGUUGUUAUUAAAUAUGUAUACGCUUUUGCUAUUAUUGCUUUCUUUAAAAUAUAUAUAUAUAUUGAAUAUUGGACACAGCCCGCAAUGUAAUGUGUAGUAAAAUUUAAGUUUACAAAGGGAGGGGGGAUUGAGGUCGCCUACCAAGUGAAUAUCAUGUGUGUUGUAGAUUAAAAGAUAAUACGGAGAUCUUUUUAUUUAUAACAAAGAUUAUAGCAACUCUGUCUGUCUGUCUGGGUAAAACCUUAGUACACAUUAAUAUUCCAUCUCCCAAUCAAGGAUCAAGUUGAAACUUUGCACAAUCAUUUCUUAUUACUGACACACACAAAAAUAAUCAAGUUAAUUAACUCUAGUUAAUUAUUUAUUUUGUCUGAUAUUUAAAAAAAAAAAAGAAUAGAAAUUGAUAUAAUGUGGUAUAAUUUGAAUUAUCCCCCUUUAUGCAUUGUGCAGUGGGGUGUUUCAAUCGAACAAAAGUUAACAAUAAAACUUUUUUUUUUCAAUAACACUUUCUUGGUUUAGUGGUUCAUGUAUUGGCUAAAGGAGGCUGAUGAAGCUUUCGUCAUCGAUUUCGAAUUCAGGCACCAUUUUUAUAUAAAUGAUUUUAAAAGCGAUUAUCUAAAUAUCCCCAUCUAUCUUCCCUCACCCCUUUCCAUCCUGGUCCAGACCUAGUAUUGAGAAAGCUAAAACCUUGAAAUUGCGCUAAACAAAAACAAUGGGUAAAAAUAUUUCGAAUAUCACAGAUAUAGUAUUGUUAUUCUGGAUCAGCAGUUCUCAAUCUUUUAAGCUUUUACCGUCCGCCACACUGCGCAACACGCCCCGCACCCCCAAACAGCAAUAAAAGAAUAGACAAAAACAAUCCAUAAUUUCGAUGGUCUUAGGAGACCCCUGGCAAAUAAUCAAUCGACCCGCCAUGAGGGUUGAGAACCCCUAUUCUAAAUCUAUGACAAAUUUAAUUACAUGACUGAUCCUAACUAAAUAAUAAAUGUACGCUUAACAGGAACAUCGUUUUUAUGUUUUUUGUUUUUCUUGUUUUUAUUACAGUUUAAUGUGACUUUAAAUAUUGUUUUAAAAGUCUC